AUGUUUACAGAACUAGCAUAUAACGCCUCUAAAAGAAUAAAUUAAAUACAGACAGAUUUAUAAACAAGAGAAAAAUUGAAAUAAUAGAGUAAAUCUACAGGGCUAAUUGAUGCAGAAAUCAAUUCCACUUUAAAAUAUUUAGGUGAAUAUGAAAAUUUGAUUUAGAUAAUGAAUUGGAUUAAUUAGAUUAAGAAAUUAAAGGAUAUACAGCUAAUUAGAAUUGCAAUUUGUUAGCUAAAGAAAUUUAGAAAAGAAGAAAUUUAUAUAAUGAAUUAGCACAAAAACGAUAAGAGAUUAAAAAACGAAUUGAAUAGAAUCACUUACUAUAUUUAUAACAAUAAUUGACAUAAAAUAAACGUAUUUUGUUUAAUUAUAAUUGUAGAAAACAACAAAAAAAAUUAUGAAAGUUUUGGAUAAAUGGAUGCUCUUAAGAUGCAUGGUGAAAUAACUGAUAAAUAAGAUGAAUAUUUGAGUAAAAUUAAUGACAAAGUUCUUAAUAUUAAAUAUUCAUCUUAAAAUUUAAGUAAGUAAAUCAAAGAAUAAAAUGGAAUUAUAGAUUAAUUACACGAAGAUGUAUUGUUUUUAUUUAAGAUUAGACUGAUUAUGCAAAUUAAGCUAUGAAUAGAUUAAAAAAUAAAAUGAAUUAUUUUUUAGAUUAAUCCAGUUCUUGGAAACUACUAAUAAUUUUAUUUUUGGAAAUAUUCGUGUUUAUUUUUGUAGUCGUUAUCUGA